AUGGCGGCGACGGCGAGCUGGGACGGUGGACGGGCAUUCACGGGAGCCGGGGCACCGCGAGUCGACGAGCAAAGCAUCGACGCAUGGCGACAACAGCGUGUUUGCCGGAUGACGAAGUGCUCGCGAGGCGACGAUGGCAAGUUUCCACGGCGAUGCAAGGCAGCUACGAUGAACUGCAAGGUGGACAGGGCAUUCAUGGAAGCUGGGUGUUGCGAGUCAACGAGCAAAGCUAUGAGGCAUGGGCAUGGCAAUGACAGCCCGUUCCAUGCGGGCUGA